AGAAAGUCUGUUGUCAAAUACUUUGGUAAUCAAUUAAUCAUUUGAGUCAGGAGUUCUUUAAAGGAAAUGCAAAAGCUUUCCUGGUUUGAGCUUCUCAAAUGGGAAGCUGCUCUUCUUUGUUUCAUAUGAUUGUAGAAUGAAAGGAACGGGACCCCGCCUCAAUGCUGUAUCCAGUCCUCUUAAUAUAUCCAUGGUUACUUGACUUUGUUUAUAUCUGAUGCUUUUUCUCUAACCCUUCCUGUCCAUACAGGGAAGUCCAGCAGUUCCGUGACGAGGUGCGUAACUCCCCCGAGGUGAAGUUUGCCGUGCAGGUUUUCACUGCAGUCAACAGCAACAACUUUGUGCGCUUCUUCAAGCUGGUGAAGGGAGCCUCGUACCUGGCCAGCUGCCUCCUGCACAGAUACUUCAAUCAGGUCCGAGCUAUGGCCUUGAAGAUCAUGAAUACGGCUCACACUGUGGGUCCACGAUCCACCGCGUUUCCAGUGGAGGAUUUAGUUCGGAUGUUGAUGUUCCGCACCACUGAAGAGGGAACGGACUUCAUCCAGCAGUACGGCCUCAACGUCAACGAGGGUAUGGUAGAGCUGAGUCGGAUAGCCUUUCAGGAGCCAGAGCUGCCUCUGUCCCAGAAGAAGUCGGCGGUCAUCCUCGCAAAGAGAAGUGUGCUGAUCGGAGAGGUGGUGAACGGAGGCCCCCUCCCUAAUCCCCCCCAGCACACCCCCGCCUGCAGCUUCGACCCCCAGAACAAGUACAGAGGAGAGGGCCCUCUGGCUGAGCCCACACAGAGCCUGUUCAAAGGUAUGCCCUCCUUUCUACUGAUCGAAACACUCACAAAUAUAGCCAUGGAGGCUGAUCUGCAAGACUUAAUGGAAAUGAUUGCCCAGCUUAAGGCUGACAAUGAGCACCUGCGACGGGAGCGUGCUGCAUCUCGAGGUUCGACCAGCGCUGAUGGGGGCCCAUCCACUGCACCACAACCCUCCACCUCAAGGGGGGUUCACACCAGCGAGCGAGUUCUCUACCUUCCCAGAGAACGCAAAUGUCCGGUGUUUAGAGAUCAGGCUUACUUUAUCUAUGACCAUCUGGAAAGUGAGGCUAGAGAGGAGAUUAGGUACCAGCCACAAGAGAGUUUCUUUUCCAGAAAGCAGCUAGUUGGAGAAUCCCUCCAGGAGUAUUCCCAUGCCCUCUUCUGCCUCAUGGAGAAAAUGGUUAAAAGCACCCCCGGAGUGGAUGAACAGCUGGAUCAUUUGGGAAGCUGUGUUGAACAAGCUGCAGCAAGAGGGCUUGAAAGUGAAGCUGAGCAAGUGUGCAUCCUUUCCAAAAAGGAGAGUUACGAUCCCUUUCUGGGCUUUGCUAGUUACUACAGGCGCUUUGUGGAGGGAUUUGCCAAGCUUGCUGCCCCCCUUCACCGAUUAGUUGCAGAAGCUCAACGGACCCACAGGCGGAAGCAGCAGCAACCUCUGGAGGACAGUUGGACUGAAGAGAGUGGACAGGAGUUUCCCAGGAAUCUCAGAGCAAAGUUGGAGGUCAUAAGAGCUGCCCCUAUCAGGGACAUUCAUUCCCACGGCCUUGCAGAAAACCUUGCAGCCUCAGAGGCCCAUACUCUGUACUGGGGAAAACGCCACAAGACGCCCGAGACCAGGCCAGCACAGAGCAACCCUCUCUCCACAGGUCCUGGAGCUGUGUCGGACAAUGAGAAAGAAUCAACCAGGAUGGAAUGGAACUGCUGGUAA